AUUAAAACUCGUGCUAUACCAAUCUUUGAGAAAACACAUCCAGGCAUGAUAGCUGUAUUUGCCUUUGAUAAUUCUUCUAGUCAUGCAAAAUUAGCUAAUGAUACUCUUAAUGCAAUGAAUAUGAAUCUUAAUCCUGGUGGUAAACAGCCAAUUAUGCGUGAUACAAUAUUUAAUGGUCAAGUUCAAACUAUGGUAUUUCCUUCUGAUUAUUUUGAUGAAACACUUCAUGGAAAACCUAAAGGAAUGAAAAUAGUUUUACAAGAACGUGGUUUAUGGAGUUUAGGAUUAAAAGCUUUUUGUGGUAAAAAUAAUAUAAUAUUAGAAAAUCCAAGUUGUUGUGCACGUCAUAUUUUAGCUGCUCAAGAAGAUUUUU